UUUCAGGUAAACACAUAUAUGAAAUGCCUCUUUGCAUUGAUAUUUUAUUGUUUACUGAUUCUUGUUAUUGGUAAACAAACAAUAACUGAUAAGGAUGGAAAAGUUGCUGAUAUAAAAGCAAAUUUAACAACACUUAUUCAUGUUCAUGCUAUGUGGCGACAUGGUGAUCGUACACCGAUAACUUUGCUUCCAAAUGAUAAUGAAGAAUCGUGGGAAAUUGGCUUAGGUGAACUAACAGUUGAUGGUAUCUGGCAAGCAUAUCAUCUUGGUAAAUUACUUCGACAACGAUAUGAUGGAUUUUUGAGUGAAACUUUUAAAACUUCGGAGAUUUACGUAAGAAGUACAGAUACCAAUCGUACGUUAAUGACAGCUAAUGCUGUACUUCAAGGUUUAUAUUCACAGACGUAUCAUGAUGAUAAAUUAUUAUCAGUAUGGCAUCCGAUACCAGUGCAUACAAUACAAGCCGACAAAGACAAACUAUUACUCCAACAAAAUUGUCCAAAGGUAAAAGAAGAGCUAAGAGAAGUGCUCAAAAUGGAAAAGAUACAAAAUGCAUUAAAGAUGAAUGACGAAUUUUGGCGAUAUAUCGGUAAACAUAUGAACGUAGAAAAUGGCUAUUAUGAUUUUGAAAAUAUUUGGGUCGUUUAUGAUUCACUUAAGGUUAUUACUUAUCAUAAAGACAAACAUCAAUUUCCAAAAUGGAUUAAUGAAACUAUAUGGAAUAAAAUUUCGGAAAUGUAUAAUUUAUGGGGUCAAUAUGAAUUCAGUACCAAUUUGUUGAAAAGACUGCGAGGAGGCGAAUUAUGGAAAGAAAUUUUUGCAAGACUUAACAAUUUGAUAAAGGAACAUUCAAUACGGAAUCAAAAGAUUUAUGCAUAUUCUGCUCAUGAUGAUACAUUAGCAGUAUUACUAAGUAUGUUUGGUAUGAAACUUACUACUCCUCCACCAUAUGCUGCUCUUGUAUUACUUGAAACGCAUCGGAUUAAUAAUCAAUUCAUUCUUCAGCUUUUUUACAAAAAUGUCACCAAUUCCAAUCAUAUUUAUCAUUUUCCAAUUGGCUAUUGUAAUGGAAUAUGUACAGUGGAAAAAUUGGAAGUAGCAACAAACGAUUUUAUUCCACUUAAUUGGGAAUUGGAAUGUGAUCCAUUUGUUUUGUACAAGAAAAUAAGUGCUUUCGUAUUACUUAUAUCAGUGAUUAUCAUUGUGGCAAUAAUUUCUUGCCAAAUUUUAAAGUCACAUUCGAUGAAACGGAAAGUAUAUGGUGAUCGAACUGUUCUCCCAUCUGAUGCUGAUAUGGCGCUUCUAAGAGAGGAUGUUAUGCAAUAAAAUGUCCAUCGAAUUUCAUCUAAGC